AUGGCGCUGUCCCAAUGGCUUGUAGCGUGGCGCAUUGUACAUUGGGUUUGCCUCGGAUUGGCCAUUGUCGCCGCGCUCUACCUGCUUCUGCACUCGCUGACGUUCCACCGUUUAAAGCGACGCAUGGCCGACCUGCUACUCAGCGGCAUCGCGUUGGCCGAUUUGAGCUUCGUGGGCUUGGAGACGUGCAAGGAGCUGAUGCACACGUCCUACUUCGCACGCUACCGGCAGGAGGACGAAGCAGAUGAAGAUACUAAUUAUUCGACGGUGGACUUUGUGUUGAUGCUCUUGAGCCGCUUUAGCUUUUUCAUGUCCAUGUAUUGGAUCACCAACCUGUCGCUACUCUUGAGGCUGGGCAGUUUCGAAGCUCUCCACGUCAAGAAGAGUUUGCUCCUGUCGUCAUUGGCUUCGAUGGUCUAUGGCUGCCUGCAGGCCGCCCUCCCAAUCUUGAAUGGACAGGAUGGAAAUCAUUCGACACUGGCGUACACAGUGAAAGCUGUGCUCCUAUUCCUGAUGCAGAUGACACCGUUGCUGCUGAUACUGACAAAUCUUCGUGGUGUGAGGAGGUCUCGUCUUAGCGCGUCAGCUCAGGGACGGAAUGUCAUUCGAAGACUUACAGCUUAUUGCGUCUGUGCUGCGGCGUUUACGCUGCCGUACGCACUGGUGCUCAUCUUCUCCCGAGACCCUGUCGCGGUCGGGGCGGUUGCUGAAACGCUCAACUACUUGGUUCCUAUAGCAAAUGCGUUGCUGUUCGGUACAAGUCUAAGCUGUUGCUGUGCUGUAGCAAUAGAGAGAACGACAGUGCCGAAUCUGGAAAAGGUGCAAGUCCACGAUACUCCAUCGUCGUCAUUAGUUGUUUCUGCAGAAGUGCUGACUGACGGAUGUGGAACUCCUCGUGGUACAGCAGGUAGUGUGUAUGGCAUCAGAGAUGAGUUGCUAGCUGGAGGUCUUAUUACUGAAAUGGAGACGGAAGGACCAGCUGUGAAAAUUGGCGAGGGAUCCAGUGCAGAAGUAUACAAGGUGCAAUGGGUGGGUAUCACCGUCGCGCUCAAAUGCUUGCUCUUACAGGCUCGAAGUAGCUCAGAAGCAGGUCUAUACAUGACACACCUGGCUGAGCUGCGCUCCGAAUUUCUCGAUGAGGCUGUGCUCGCUGCGCAGCUUCGACAUCCGAACAUCACACUUUUCAUCAAAAUGGGCACCUAUAAAGGCAGCUUGUGCCUCGUCAACGAAUAUUGCGCGCGUGGGUCACUUCGAGAUGUUCUUCGUGCGAAUCCCCUUCUAGAUUGGCAUACAAAAGUGCGUCUAGCCUUUGAGGCAGCUAAAGGUUUGGCUUUCAUGCAUAACCGCGAGCCAAUUUACUUGCAUCGAGACCUCAAGGCUUCCAACAUCCUCGUGACGAUUGACUGGACAGCCAAGAUUGCAGAUUUCGGAAUCGCCCGGAUUGCUACGGACUUUACAGUGAAGAAACAACACUCAUCACAACAAAAUUCAAUGCAGUCUCUUGCAUCUCUACGAUCGAUCGAUGACAGCAUUGUCAUGAUGGAUACAGCAGCGUCCGGGUUGAUGACGACUUUUGCUGGUACAUGGCGUUGGAAUGCUCCAGAAAUCAUGAACAAUCCCAAUGCAUGCCGCUUCAAUCGUGAAACGGACAUGUACAGCUUUGGUGUGGCUUUAUGGGAGAUUCUAACAAACGGAGCCGUACCGUUCGGUGACGUAGAUUUCGACCAUCAGGUGCGGCAGCUCGUAGCAGCAGGCGAGCGACCAUUACUACCUCCUGCUUCUUUACGUCGUGCACCUCCUAAGUUUAUCGAAGUUAUGCGAGCAUGUUGGCAUCAACGGCCGGAAAAACGACCGAGUGCCCAAGAUGUAAUGUUCCAUCUUGGAUCAUUGUCCUACACGCUAUCAAAUAGCUCUGAGAGUUCUACAUCGUCCCAGAACACAACACGUUAUGUCUUUAGUGAUACCUAUUAUCAAGCGAUAGACUCGAUUCAAAGUUGUCCAGGAUUAUGGUAA